CGCUGAAAACGUUUAAAAAAAACCUCUGAAACAUGGCAUCCUAUCAGAUUUAUACUAUAUUUUUAUUAUUAAUCUUCACACAAAGCAUCUACUGCAGACCAGCUGAUGAAUUCUCGCCGGAAUUGGUGUCGGAGAAAUAUAUACAGAAAAUUAAAGCAAAUGGAACAGAUUUGGAGAAAUUUGUUUUAGCUAAUAUGGGCAAUUAUAUGUUAAUACCUCAAAAAUAUGCCUCCAAGAUUGUUGAGUUUACAAAACUCCUACUUAAAGAUGCAACUUUGUUAGACAACAAACAACCAGAAGUUUUAGAGUUUAAAAACAAACUCAAUUUGGUUUUGGACAACUAUAACCCAUCAGUCAGUCUCAAUGUGGCUCAUGAAACCGUGGAUUACAUUUUUAAUAUUACCCAACCUUAUUUGGAGCUGACCGAUGACAAACAAACAGCCAACAGCAAAUUUAUCAAAGAUCUCUUAAAGAAAUAUAAUUUUAGCAAGAUUCCGAAAAAAAUGGACGACAUUGAAAAUGAAAUAGAUGAACGUCGCAUAUUUGGUAGUAGUUUCGAUAAAAUUUUUAUAUUCUCCAUGGACAGUUUAGUUACUAUACCCCAACAAUAUGCCGCCAAUGCAACCAAUGCCACUCGUUAUCUAAUUAAAGACGAUGCUUUCGAGGUCAGCGAUCAAAGCGAAGUGCUAGAGUUUAAAAACAAACUAACUGUGUUCUUGGAUAAGUAUGAUCCCUCUACCAGUAACAUGAAAUCAAUUUAUAAAUCAAUGAAUGCUUUUGCCAAUAUCAUCGACCAUUAUUUUGAGCUGCCCUUGGCGCAAGUAACUGAAGAAUCAAAAUUUAUCAUUGAACUUUUAAACAAAUACAAUUGUAAAAAUGUGUCUAUGCCAUUUAUGAAAUAUUUGGAAACAUUUAUAAACAACUUUAACGUCAUUUUGCAAGGACAUAAAAAGUUUAUUGGAAAGAAAUAUUUGGAUCAGUUUGAAGAAAUUAUGACUUUAACGAAAUGGCAAGAGCAAAUGGAAUCGAAGGAUGAGUUUGUAGAUAUGUUAAAAAUAUAGAUCAUUUUUUUUUUGCGGAAUUGACAUUGUUGUUAUUUAACUUGAUAAAUUGAAAAAAUUUAUUAUCUAUAUAUAUAAAAGAGUAACAUUACUGACUGACUGAUUGACUGACUGACUGAUCUUAUAUCUUCAAAACUAAUAAAGAUACAAAAAAACUUAAAAUUGCAUGUUACCCCAUUUAAAAAAUAAGCUGACAGGUGUUUCGUACUUUUUCGAAAUUCGAACCCUUUAGGGGAGAAAACGGGUAAAAACUGUAGUUUAGUACUUUUUUGGCACCCUAUGUAUCUUUUAAACCAAUAAACAUUGAAUCAAAAUUUAAA